ACAACGGAAAAAAUAUUCUGUGGUCUGUGGUUCAUUUUAGCUGUCAAAAUAGGGCACAUAAAUUUUGUUAUUUUGUUUUUUUAAUAAUUUAGGGGCUAUAAUAACAUAAUGCCCGAUCAAGGAAAACGAAAUAUUAUCGAACAGUUCUUUGCUAAUGUAGGUAGUAUUUUAGACGGCCCUUCGACGUGGUUAAAGGAAAAAGUUAUUGCACCUAAUCAAAAAGACUAUCCUUGGUACCAUAAGAAAUUUCGCAGAGUUCCUACAAUCGAUGAGUGUUAUACCGACGAUGUAGUGUGUUUUUAUGAAGCCAACUCACAAUAUGAACGAGACAAGAAGGUAGAUAAUGAAGUAGUUUCGAUUCUGCGUGAACGCUUUGAACAUUGCGUAUUGUUUGAACGUCCCGACCAUGUUGAGAAAUGUACCGGCAUACUCCAAGAAUAUGAAGAUGCCUUGACUAAUUUGUUUAUAAAAUAUGGUGACUUGGGAGCCUUUCAGGAUGUUAAGAAAGCUUAUAUGAAGCAGAAGCACAGAAUGAUUUGGGAACGUAGACAUGGACCUGUGGGAUCGGGAAUGAAAAAUAAUUCACAGUCAGAAGAUUAAGUAUAUAAUAUAAAUUGUUUGAAAUAGUACCGUUUAGACUUCUGAACUUGUAUAUUAGUACACAGUUUUAAAUAUAUUAUUGAUAUAGUC